AUGGAAGCCACCGGGCGAAGCAGGCUUGACCUCAAGGUCAAGGCCGAGGAUGACUCUGGCGAUGCCAGAAUGGCCGAUGACAAGCCCACGUACCGGUCCUGGAAGAAGAAGUACCGCAAGAUGCGCAUCACCUUUGACCAAAAGAUGCACGAUGGUGAAGAGCUUCACAGGCUCGAACAAAAGGCCCUUUCCGCGGCCAAGAGGCUGGCGGUGCAAAAAGAUCGACUCCUCGACCUGCUUCUCGAUGUCAACAAUUGCGGCCAGAUCCCCCCCAACAAGCGCAUCGAUCUCUCCCUAGACUCUUCCGCCGACAUCGACAGCACCCUCUUCUUGGACAUCGACCGACCAACAUCACCCCAAGCCGGCGCGGUACCAGACAAGUCCUACAAGAGUCUUCUACAGGAAGUGCCACAUUUUCGGUUCUCCUCGGCUGCCGAGCGUUUCCCCGACCUACUCGCUGACCUAGACGCUGGCCGCGACUCACCCGCCGACCCUGCCCAGGGCCAAAACCAUCCCCCUUCCUUCCUAACGGCCGACGACAUCGACAACUACAUUUGGGAACUCGACGCACACUUGGCUAACGAAGAGGCCGCGGCGGCCGCAGCCUUAGGAAACAGCAGCAACAAUAAACCAUCAGAACCCCCGCUGCCCACUCUCGCCCCUCUCGCGCACCUCGACGCGCCCACCAACCCCAAGGACUCUCACCGCGACCUCGCCGUGCGCAACCCGACCUCAGUCUACAACUGGCUGCGUAAGCACGCCCCUAAAACCUUCCUCCAAGACGGCGAGCACGACACCAAAGACGGCAGCGGCGGCAAAGACGACGGCGACGCCUCACACAACGGCCACGGCCACGGCGCCGGUUCCGGCCGUCGUGGCGGGAAAGGCGAGCGCGGGUCUCGCGGCGGCGGCGGUUCUAGUUCUGCCCGCGCCAAGCGCACCAGCCGAGUCGCGGCCAACACGGAGAGCUUCGACGACAUGGACGAUGAGGCGGGCUACAGUGGGGGUGGUGGUGGCGGCGGCGGAGGCAGAGAAACCGCCUCUACGCCCAGCGCCGCCGGCGGAAAGGGUAAACGCAAGCGCAUGGUGGACGACGACCCGGGGUAUCGGCCCAAGGGGGGCUCGAGUCGGCCGACGAAGAAGAAGCGUAAGAGCGAAGGUAGCGGGAGUGUUGAGAGGACGCCUAGCGCAGCAGCCAAAGGUGUUCCGAGGAAGAGCGAUCCCUCAAGACUCAACAAGCAUGCUUCGCCGAGGGAACGGAGCUCAUCAGCCAAGGGCUCGGGAAGGAAGAGUGAAGGGGGUGGAUCUUGGGGUGGGAGGUUUGAGGAUGAUUGA